AACUUUGAGUGAGAUUUGAAAACCGCCUCUCGUCGGAAAAUUAUCUGAAAACCAUCUCAAACUUUCAAAAACAAAUUGGACCCGUCCCUCCGACCACCAUAGCUCCGGCAAUUCCCUUAUGUGGUAUUCCACGUCAUUCAUUUAAUGAGAUGACGUGUAUUUUUUUUUAAAUUAAUAUUUCCUAAUUUUUAUUCCUAAAUCCCUAACCCCUUCUCUUAACCUAAAUCCCUAAAUUUGAUCCCCUUUUUCCCCAAUUCAUAAGGUUAGGGUUCAACAUUCAUCUUCUUCCUCUUCUUCUCAGUUCUUCUUCUUCUUCUCCCAUCGUUUUCUUCUUCCUCUUCUUCUCCGUUCUUCCUGCAGCAUUGGGAACGAAGACAGCAAGGACCCAACAGGCAAAACCAGAACGGCUAAUCAGUCUUAAGCUCAGCUUCUUCCAUCUCACUUUUUCUUUCUCUCACAAACGCUCUCUUGCUCUCCAACUCCUGCAAAUCCACCGGUUAACUCUUUCCCCAAUUCACCAAACCCUAAAUCGCCAUAAUAGAUCUACGCAAAGCUAGAACGUGGAAGCACACCCACGAUCCAACCAUAACCAAUACCUUCCUGUUUAAUUUGACGGAGCAUGCAGAUCUGGUUUAUUGUUGUGAAUAUCUUCCUGUUUGCUGGUGCGCAGAUCUAGUUUCCUAUUGAUUGUUUCUUUUUUGGAUUUUGUACAAAUUGGGGUUCUUUUUUUCCAUUGUGUUUAGUUCAUAUGUAAAUUUCUUGUUCCCUUGAUAAUGAAUUAGUCCCCUCAGUUCUUGUUUACCUUGGACGUUUUUAUUCUUGUUCUCAAUUUUAGAUUAUUUAUUUCCCAACUAAUAAUUGUUAUUUUGGUUUUUAUUCCCUGGGAUUUUAGAUGAAGAAGAUAUCAAGAAGAUGAAUAUGCACAAUCUUCUCAAUUUUGUUUUUAUUUUUUUAUUAAUUAAUAAAGACUUAAAUUAAUUUUUUUUAUAAAAAUACACGUCAUCUCAUUAAAUGACGUGGAAUGCCACAUAAUGGGAUUGCCGGAGCUAUGGUGGCCAGAGGGACGGGUCCAAUUUGUUUUUGAAAGUUUGAGGAUGGUUUUCAGAUAAUUUUUCGGUGAGGGACGGUUUUCAAAUCUCGCUCAAAGUUCAGGGACUGUUAUAGUUUUUAACCCUUUUUAAUUUGAUACUUACACUGACAAUUGAAAAAAAAAUCAUUGUUUUAUUUAUGUUUAAUUUCAAUUGUUAUAUUUUUUAAAUAAUCAUAUUUCAGUUAGUGAGAGCAUCAAUAUCAAAAUAAAAAGGCAAUUUUGAGUACUGAUAUUUAUUAAAAAAAUAAGGGUUGAAAUUGUCUUUAUUUGAUAUUGACACUGUAAGAGAUUGAAACAUGUUCAGUUAAAAAAUGCAUAGACUUAAGUGAAAAAGAGUAACUAGAAGUAAUAAUUUUUUCACUAAUGCAAGUAUAAACACAAAUUUAAGCUAUAAAACAAUUUACAGAACAAUUUUUAUAUAUUGAGUUAAAAAUACAAUAGUGUUUGGUACAUUAAAAUGGUUCAGAUUUGAAUUUAGCAAGUAUAUAUGACAUAUGAUAAGGAAGACCCGGAUAAAGACAAAAAAAGAUUUUGUGGAUGUCGAUAUUGUUUUGUGGUUACUCUCAUUUGUUCUCACAAGGUGAUUCUUUUCAUUUCAUUUUUGUUUAUAUACAUCUAUCUAUUAAGGAACUUCCAAGUUCAUCACCAGCUUCUUCAUUUGUAAUAUCUAGCUACCACCCUGAAUCACCCAUGGCAUCCAUUGUUCCUCCUCCUCCAUUGACCCCCGUGAUCUCUCACCAAAUCUAUGACGUUUUCCUUAGCUUCAGGGGAGAGGACACUAGAUAUUCCUUCACAAGCCAUAUAUAUGCUGCACUAACAAGGCUUCAAGUCAAGACUUACAUUGACAACGAGCUUGAGAGAGGUAAUGAAAUCUCACCCUCGCUCCUCAAAGCUAUUGAUGAUGCAAAAGUGUCUGUGAUCGUAUUCUCAGAAAACUAUGCUUCUUCUAAGUGGUGUUUGGAGGAACUCGUGAGAAUUGUGGAGUGUAAGAAAAACAAUGGGCAGAUUGUGGUGCCUAUUUUCUACCAUAUUGAUCCAACUCAUGUGAGGAAUCAGACUGCUAGCUAUGCUCGUGCUUUUGAGGCGCAUGAAAAGCGUUUUGUGAAUGACAUGAGCAAGGUUCAAUCAUGGCGGAUUGCUUUGGCUGAAGCAGCCAAUAUCUCUGGGUGGGAUUGCUUGGGUACAAGGAUGGAGUCUGAACUAGUUGAUCAAAUUGCUUUGGAUAUAUUGCAAAAGUUGGACUCUAUAACAAGCGGGGGCCUAGAAAGACGCAUCGAUACGUACCGGCAAAUCGCGCGACAAAAGCUAGAGAAGUCAUUGAGGACAGGUACUCUUAAGGACAUGGAUGAAUUGAUCUCAGCAUUGCACCAACUUGCAGAGAUCAAAUUGGAGAAAGCUAUGAGAUCAGAUGAAUUAAGUGCUUGGGAGGACCUUAUGGCCACAUAUCAAAGACUCUUGCAGGUUAAAGUUGACAAGUAUUUUCGUACUACUAAUCAGAAAGAUUUGGAAGAUAUACAGGUUACAGAGCAGCAUAUUCACUAUAUUCAGAGGGAGCAAUCCAAUCGUAUGGAGGGGUUCCUCGGUAUAUAGACACCGAGACAUGAAGAAGAAUAAUCCAUUUCUGUUUGACCUUAAUCAUGUAUACUAUUUCGUUGCAGUGUGACAUGAUGAACCUUAUAAAUGCUCUUUUCAUCAACAAACACCCUUUUUGAUGAUUUACAAUCUUGAACUAGCAAAAUAUUAUCUUAACAUUUUUGUUGGUACCAAAGUUUAAGAAAUCAUAGGAGAGGAAGUUUGCUGAUUUUGGAAAAGCUAGCACAACGUAACUGGUGCAUUAUGAUUUAUGGUUCAUAUCCAAAUAGUCGAUGGUGAUCUAGCUUAAGAAGCAAGCUGAUCAGGAAGAGAUUUUCAGGAUUGCUUUUUAGGAUUAGGGCAUACAUAUAACUUAGGAUUAAAAAUUUAAAAUGCAUCAUGCAUGCAUACAUAUAUUUAACUAUCAUUUCCCUA